AUGGGCGCUCUGGCUCUGGGGCUGGCGCUCUGGGGCUGGGCGCUGGGUCCUGCGGGGGCCCUGGACGCCUUGGGCCCUCACGCGGCCGUCCGUCUGGCCGAGCUGCUGACUCCGGAGGAGUGUGGCCAUUUUCGGUCACUCUUGGAGGCGUCAGAGCCCGACGUGGAGGCCGAGCUGGCCCGGCUUUCCGAGAAUCGUCUGGCGAAGCCCAAGCCGCGAACACUCAUGUCGGGGUCUCCAGACCAGCUGUGGCGGCGGGAGGCGACUGAGGUCCCGACGAGCCAGGUGACCGAGCCCAAGAAAGUUUCCGACGAUUGCCGGGAAGCCCUGGCGUCCUGGCUGGCUGCCAAAGCCCUGUCCCUGUCUUGGGACCGUGUGGCCCGGGCCCUGCGGCGUACUGGUCGCCCCGAUGUGGCCCGGGAGCUCGGCAAGAACCUCCACCAGCAGGCGACGCUGCAGCUGCGCAAGUUCGGGCAGCACUACCUGCCGCCUCCGGGAGUCGCCGCCCACGUCCCCGCCGCGGCCCCGCGGCCCCGGCGCACCUUGGAUCACGCGCCCAACUGGGACGAGCUAGAGCUGAUCGUGGAGCGCCUGCCGCAGCCCCCGUACGAGCGGAGCCCCGCGGGCUGGGCCGGGCCGCUGGCGCUCGGCCUCCUUACAGGCUUCCUGGGAGCGUUGGGCUCCGGGGCUCUGCUUAUCCUGCUCACGCUGUGGAUCACUGGCCGCGAUGGCGACCCGGCGCGGCCCAGAGGCCGUGACCCACCCACCAUGCCCUGGCCGAGGCCAGCCGAGGCGCACCGCCGGUGGGAAACAGAGCCGCUCCUGACUAGGGAGCCGCUCGCGUCCCCAGCCCACCGGGCUCGGGUUGCAGCUGAGCCAGAUUGCCCCUCGCCUCCAUACCCCCCGUGGUGA